ACUGCAGGCGUUUCAGCCCCGGUGAUUGGCAUGUCUUCUGCUGGAGGCCUGCGCCGCUGCAGCAACCCUGACUUGAAAUAAGGAAGUGAGUGAUCAGUUUUAGUGUGGCGGAGGGAUACACAGGCAAUCCCCAUUCUGGCCACGGCCAAUAUACACACUCCUUACCCGCCAGUGGAACUCCAUCUAAGGAACGACCACACUCCUAGUCUGCCUCCACAGACCAACAAGCACACAACCCAUCCGACAUGGCUGACCAACUAACAGAGGAGCAGAUUGCAGAGUUCAAGGAGGCUUUCUCCUUAUUUGACAAGGACGGUGACGGCACCAUCACCACCAAAGAGCUUGGCACCGUCAUGAGGUCGCUGGGCCAGAACCCCACAGAGGCCGAGCUACAGGACAUGAUCAACGAGGUGGAUGCUGACGGUAAUGGAACCAUUGACUUCCCAGAGUUCCUGACCAUGAUGGCCAGAAAAAUGAAGGACACAGACAGUGAGGAGGAGAUCCGUGAGGCUUUCCGAGUAUUUGACAAGGACGGAAAUGGCUACAUCAGCGCUGCAGAGCUCCGUCACGUCAUGACAAACUUGGGAGAGAAGCUAACGGACGAGGAGGUGGACGAGAUGAUCAGAGAAGCAGACAUUGACGGAGACGGACAGGUCAACUACGAAGAGUUUGUACAGAUGAUGACUGCAAAGUGAGGCUUGUCCGCCCCGUCCUGUCCCCUCUUGGAAGAAAAAAAAAGGAAAAAAAAAAAUCAAAAUGUUUUACUUACCUCCUUGGAAAAAAAUAAUGUUCAUUUAUUCAUACUGUUUCUGUAUAGAAAAUAAUUGAAUGUUGAAAUGAAAUAUCCUUCUGUCCACACAGGAAAAAUAUAAAAAUAUACAAAAAUAACUGCAUGAAAAUGAUGGUUAGUGAUCCUGUCCCCUCCCCCCGGAGAUCAGAUUAGCAUCAGUACUUAACAAGUAAAAAUAAUAAUAACAACAAACCCUGUAACUACAACCUUCAGACUUAAGGCAAACGCAUUUGGCGAACUCCUUCCAGUUCCAUUUACUAGUGGUAAAUGUCUGGGCUGGCCAUCUCUUCUUUCUCUCUCUCUGUUUUCUGUUCUUCAUGCAUGCAGCUUGAGACCGGAGCACUAACCUCCCUGCCCCCCCCAUCCUUCCUCCGGGCUACCAGAGCGUGCUGAUUCCACUAUAAGCUGUCCUCUCGUUGGUUUGGUACAGUUUUUUUUGUAUUUGGAGAGGAACCCUGUACUGUUAAGAUGAGAGAGUGUACCAGGUUCUAACUCAAGCGUCAAAGUGGAAUGGGACUUAACUGUAUGCUAGAUUAAAAGAGAAAAAA